GGGGAUGGACGGAGGUAGGCCAGCGGGAGCGCGCACGCGCGCAAGUGGAAACGAGGCGAGAUGUUUGUUCGACGGCAGGAGGGAUUAGAAUAAUGAUUAAAAAAAAUAAAUCAAACCUGUAAGGGAGUCGUCAGUUUACAGACAUUAAACCAUAUUUCCAGAAAAUUUAACCUCCACCAUUUCCUCCCCCGGCGGCUGUCGCCACUGUCCAGAGCAGCGCAACAUUGGAAACAAAUCAUGUGGAUUACUGCCAGCUUCAAAAGGUGAACAAUAGUUUAUUUGAGAUGGCUGAGAAAGACGGAAAACUAGAUGUAUCUAUUGUUCCAGGACAGAUCUAUAUUGAGGUGGAGUAUGAUUAUGAAUAUGAGGCAAAAGAUAGAAAGAUUACAAUAAGGCAAGGUGAAAGGUAUAUUUUGUUGAAGAAGACGAAUAAUGAUUGGUGGCAGGUUAAGAAGGAAGAUGGCUCCAAGCCUUUUUAUCUUCCAGCACAGUAUGUUAAAGAACUACCUCGGAAGGCAUUAAUGCCACCAGUGAAACAUGUACCCACUUCUGUUAAAAUCAAAUCUGCUAGUUUAAAUGCAGAUGCCAAGCUAUUGCAACUGUCCACUGAAAAUCUUUCCAAACCACUAGACUACUCCAGCUCUUUCAAAUCCUCAAUGGGACAAUUGCAAGCUCAGACUUCUGCACAGAACCAGACAAAAAACCAAAGCACAAGCCAAGCACUGAACCAGGACCAGGCUUGUGUUCAAGGGAUAGGCCACUUGCAUUCUGGAGUCCAAAGUAGUGUCAAAGCUAGCAACCAUAGUCAAGGAUUCGGAGAAAAUACAUCACACUAUUUAAGAGUUACAAAUCCAAACCGAAUUCUAGGACAGCCACAAGAAUUUGAAAACCUGGAUGUAGAGAAAAUUAAAAACUUGGCUCAUGAACCUUCAUAUGAAUUGGCACAAGAGAGUUUGGAAAAGCAUCAGCAAGACUCUGAAUCAGGAGAUGAACAUAGUAGCAGCUCCACAGAACAGUUGCAGACAGUUCCACCUGCAAGACCAGAAUCUCCAGUGUAUGCAAAUUUGCAGGAUUUGAAAAUAACUCUAGCUAACAUGCCCCCAAUUCCCACUAGCCCUCCCAUGCAAAUCCAUGGUGAAUGGGAGGUGCAUAAAGAUGCAACAGGACGCACAUACUAUUAUAACAAGGGAACGCAAGAAAGAAGCUGGAAGCCCCCUCGAUGGACAAGAGACUCUAUAAAUAAAGAACCUGAUUGCCAGGUGGAUUCUGUAAACCAUGGGCAUCACAUCACAGAAGAGAGCUACCGCAGCAUUUACUCCAGCCAUACAGAUAAUCAAUUUGAUUUACCUCCUCGUGGUUGGUCAGAAGAAAUGGAUGAGCGUGGCCAAACUUUGUAUGUCAAUGAAUAUACUGAUGAAAAGUGGAUGAAACAUAUUGAUGAUCAAGGCCGACCAUAUUACUAUCGCACAGAUGGAUCCAAGUCUGAAUGGGAAUUGCCACAGUACAACAUCUCAGCAAAGCAACAAGAAGUUGUUAGUAAAAGUAGAAGCUUGGACAGGAAGCCAACUGAGCCUUUAGUAUUGACAAAUUGGAGACAUAGCACGUAUGGAGUUGGGCAAUUGGACCUUGAAAAGUUCACUGCAAAAAAGCACAAGCGCAAUUCCUCUGAACAUCUCUGUGCUCCAUCAUCAUUGUUUUCGCAGCAUCCUGAUCAAGAGCCUGCAACUAGUCCAAAGUUAAUCCACGACAACAACAAUGAGCCACCCUCAUCGCCAAAAUAUUCACAGUCUUCACCAAUUGUUUCAGAAAAAUAUGGGUUACUUUAUGUAACAAAGAUCACUGAGAAUGGCAAAAAAGUCAGGAAGAAUUGGACAUCAUCUUGGACAGUCUUGCAAGGGUCAUCUCUGCUAUUUGCCAAAAAUCAAGGCAGUGGAAGUGGCUGGAAAUUUGGUGGCAACCAAUCCAAACCUGAGUUCACUGUCGAUCUAAAAGGAGCUGCUAUAGAAUGGGCUUCAAAAGACAAAUCCAGUAAGAAGAAUGUGAUUGAGCUCAAAACACGCCAAGGAACAGAAUUACUGAUUCAGUUGGACAAUGACAAUCUCAUCAAUGAGUGGUAUAAAGCUCUUGAGGAGACUAUUGGUAGUCAGACAGUGGAGUCUGAUGAAGCCGCUGAAGAUGAUGCUCCAGAGUCCCCUGGAAUUGAAAAGCAUGAUAAGGAUAAAACUAAUAAAGACUUAAAGAAAUCACGCCCAAGCAAAUCUAGUAGUAUAGAUAAUGCAGAUCAAAAAAAGGCGAAAACAAAAUUGAAGAAGUUCUUGACACGAAGACCAACGCUCCAAGCAGUCCGAGACAAAGGCUAUAUAAAAGAUCAAGUGUUUGGAUGUAAUCUAAGUAGUCUUUGUCAGAGAGAGAACACAACUGUACCAAAAUUUGUGAUGAUGUGUAUUGAUCACGUGGAGAAAGAAGGCUUAAACAUUGAUGGUCUGUAUAGAGUGAGUGGCAACCUGGCUGUUAUACAAAAACUUCGCUUUGCAGUCAACCAUGAUGAGAAGCUGGACUUGAAUGACAGUAAGUGGGAGGAUAUCAAUGUUAUUACUGGGGCUCUCAAGAUGUUUUUCAGAGAAUUGCCAGAACCUCUCUUCACAUAUCAUCUCUUUAAUGACUUUGUCAAUGCAAUCAAAACUCCAGACUACAAGCACCGUAUUCAGGGUAUUACCGAACUAAUCAGGCUAUUACCUAAACCGAACCAUGACACUAUGCAAGUUCUAUUCAAGCACCUUGUCAAAGUUAUUGCCCGUUCUGAAGUAAACCGAAUGACCAGUCAAAGUGUUGCCAUAGUAUUUGGCCCCACCCUCCUGAGGCCAGAGAAAGAGACAGGAAAUAUUGCAGUUCACAUGGUAUACCAGAAUCAGAUUGUGGAGUUGAUCUUAUCAGAGUAUGAUACCAUAUUUGGAAGAAGUUGAAAAAAAAUGAGCAAGUGAAAUGCAAAUCUACCAAAACCCACUACGGGAAAAAAAAUAAGAUUAUAUUUUGUGUUUUUUUGUACCUUGAGUCAGCCAGAAAAUGGUAAACUUUGCACUUGUUUUCCUCUGGUUUUUAAAAGGAUCUUUAUUUUUUUCAGUGGUUAUCAAUCCUGAAAGCAGAUGGCACUGCUGCAGAUGUUUUGCAUAAAAUGUAGUACAGACAGAUGCAGGGAAGCACGUCACCUGGUUAUAACGAAGAGUAGAGACUUGAGUAUGCUGUAGUUAUAUACACUGGGUUCUUUUGAAACAAUAUUUGCCUGAGGGACUUGGCAGUACUCUUCUGUACAUGUGUAGAUAUUUUUAGGAAAUUUCCAUUUCCUGCACAUAGUUAGCAAACUUUUCUUGCAGCCUUUUCUGCUGUUUGGUAUAGCAGAAGUCUAAUACUGUAUAUUGUUGCUGAGUCCAUACAAAAGCAUGGCCAGGUUUUGUGUAAUUUAUUUUUUUCAGGUUUACUCGAAAGGCUAAAGUAUUAAUGUUGAUUUUUCCCAGUUGAUGAAUAUGGACUAUAAGCAAUCCUGCACUCGCUGUUCUCUCAAUCUACUGUUAAUGCAGAGGUCAUAUGAUCACACCCAGUGUUCCAGAACACUAGUGAUGUACAGACAAAUAAGGAGUAUAAUACAUUAAAAUAACAUCCUGUCAAGCAAUGUAUAUAUAAUCUGUAUAGUUCCUUAACAAAGUGUGUUUUUCAUACAGUAACAUUUUCUAAUCAAAUUUUGCCAACUUGUAAUAUUCAGUUGCUGGUCAGUGUACCAGCCAAUAUCAGUACUAAGAGCUUUUUUGGGGUAUUUUAUGACAGGCAACACAGGGGCUAUUCUUAGGUAUACUAAGAAGCUGCGUGCACUUUUUAGCUAUUGGUAAUUUCGAUGCAGGGCAAAUCUUAACCGUUUGUAUUUCAAAUGGUACUGGAAAGUAUUGUGUAAGCUUGUGCUUUCUAGGUGCACUACAACAAAAGCUGUUUAUUUAAAAUGUACAGACAAAAUUUGAAAAAAUCUGCUUAGCAAUUUAUUGUACAAUAAGUGCUAACAUUUAAUAAAAUUUCAUGUAUGCACUGAUUGAUAUUAAAGCAGGUUCACUUGAUGCUCAAUUGAAUUUUUUCAUUUUAUUGAUGUGGACUGGUUGUAUAAACAGGUUUCUUUGGAAUACUACCUGUUUUUGGGCACAUGAUCUAAAGAUUUUUUUGAAUGUAUUUUUUUAAACUAACUGCUGUAUGGCGAUAUGCUAUGUCUAAUCAAAAAUUAAAACAAAAUGAUGAAAA